GAUGCUGAGGAGUUUCCUGAUCUGGUAGCUGCUUCUGAUAACAGGACAAACAGGCUAGGAACUCAGAAAUCCUCAUUUACUCCUGCUGUCAGAAAGCAGUCUGAAAUCUAUCUCCCCAAACAGCCUGGGGACAGUCGAUCUCCCACACUGGAUGGAACUCCCAAGGUGCAUGGACUGCCAGGGAAGCAAGCUUCGUCUUCUGUAUUAGAAAGAAAGAAAAUGCAGGAAACAGCCAGGAGCAGCGGUAAGAAGAGUCAAAUUCCCGUGCAAUUGGAUUUUGGUGGCAUGCUGGCAGUCUUGGAGCAGAAGCAGCAAACAGAGAAGUCAAAACAGUCUUCUAAACCUGUGGUGUUUUCUGUUGGUGGUGCCAUACCCUUGCUUUCUAAAGAACCUGCUACAGCCACAAAAAGUCACCGGUUAAACCAAGAAAAGAUGCCUCAUAACCCUUUGGAUUCCAGCGCUCCUUUGGUAAAGAAAGGGAAACAAAGAGAAGUCCCUAAAGCAAAGAGACCAACACCUCUUAAAAAGAUUAUUCUGAAAGAAAGAGAACAGCGCAAACAGCAACACCUCUUAGAACAGACAGCAGUACCAAAAGAUGAAGAUAAUGUUUGUCAGACUGCAGAAAAUACGGCUGAAGGCGGAACGCUUCAGAAGCAGAGUCAAGCAGCUGUUCCUGUAGCAGAAGUUGCUGAAGGCUUUCUGGAGAACACGGGGAUCAAGAAACCUCCAGGAGGCUCUGUGAAUUCAAAGCAGCUAACUUCCAAUCUUCCAAAAAUCCAUAGCAGAAAUUUCAGAGAUUACUGCAGCCAGGUGCUUAGUAAGGAGGUUGACAGUUGUGUGACGGAUCUUUUGAAGGAGCUGGUUCGUUUCCAAGAUCGCCUCUAUCAGAAGGACCCGGUGAAGGCCAAGAUCAAACGCAGGCUUGUUAUGGGCCUUAGAGAAGUCUUGAAACAUCUGAAGCUGAAAAAACUGAAGUGUGUCAUCAUCUCUCCUAACUGUGAAAAGAUCCAGUCAAAGGGUGGGUUGGAUGAGACUCUACACAACAUUAUCGACUGUGCCUGUGAACAGAAUAUCCCGUUUGUCUUUGCCCUUAAUCGCAAGGCCCUGGGCCGCUGCGUGAACAAAGCCGUGCCUGUGAGCGUGGUGGGAAUUUUUAGCUAUGACGGAGCUCAG